AUGCUUGCGUCGCGGACGGCGACGCUGACGCUGCCGCGGACGUUCGCGGCUGCGGCUGCGGCUGCCGAGGCACCGGCCCAGUUUGACGUCGAGUUUGAGACGACCAAGGGCAACGUGACGAUGAAGGUGGAGCGCGAUCUGGCGCCGAUCGGAGUGGACCACUUCUACGACCUGGUGCAGGCCGGUCACUUUGACAACGUGGCCUUCUUCCGCAUGGCCAAGGGCUUUGUCGUCCAGUUUGGCCUCUCGUCAGACCCGGCGGUGACCAAGGCCCGCAUGGCCGAGACCAUCAAGGAUGACCCGGUCAAGGCCUCCAACGCUCCGGGCACGGUCACCUACGCCAAGUCGAUGGCGCCGGACUCGCGCUCGACGCAGCUGUUCAUCAACCUUGGUGACAACUCGUUCCUCGACUCACAGGGCUUUGCUCCGUUUGCCACCAUCGACGCCGCCGGCAUGGACGUUGUCUCCCAGCUGUACGACGGCUACGGCGAGGCUCCCGACCAGGGCGCCAUCAUGCAGUUUGGCGAGGAGUACCUCAAGUCGACCUUCCCGGACCUCGACUACGUGGUCAAGGCCCGCGUUGUCGAGCCUGCCGACGAGUAACCAAGUCCGGACCUGUUUAGUAAACGCGCUCACACAUCC